AAAUCAUUAGCACCUGAUGCUUCGUCAGUGUCAAUUAAUGAGGUGCCUGUAUUGAGUAGUUGUGAAGAUCAAUUCAUAAGUCCAAUAGAUAAUGAAGCUGCUGAACAGUCGUCACAAGAAGAAAACAACAAUGAAAUAGAUAAUACAGAUAAUACUCCUAUGAUAAUUGACCUUACUGCUGCUGAACAGUCGUCAGAAGAAGAAAAAAACAAUUUAAAAGAUAAUAAAGAUAAUACUUUCAUGACAAUUGACCUUACAAUUGAUGAUUCAUCUAAUAGUUCGUGUUCCAUUACUUUGGAACCAAUUGAGAAAAGAAAAAACUGCAAUACUGAAGAUUUAACAAGGGAUGAACACGGGAUUAUUUUUCAAAUAUCUAAGGAAGUUGUACUUCCUGAUAUAUAUUGGAAGAGUGAACAUCUUAAUUCAGAAAAUGCGACACGGUUUGUUCAACAAGACGCCAAUGAUGAAAUUGUGAAGACUAUCUAUUUUUAUAAUAACCUUGUGCCAUCUAUACAAAUAUAUAGCAAGAAAUAUGAAUAUACAACCCUAUCACAACAAUGAAAGAGUUAGACGAUCUUUUAGAGAAGAUUGAUAGUAUUGUGAAAUGUUAUGGUAGAGGUGGAUUCGUCUUAGAUCAAUGUUUAGGGUAUUAUGAAGAUAGUUUAGAUACUGAAAUA